CUUGGAUGCACAUCUCUGUCUUACACAAAAGUUAUCCGAGCAACUCAGAGAAAAACCAGACGUUGUCAUUCUGCUUCUUAUUCUACAUAUACUUUCAACAUGAACGGAUCUUUGAUGCAUUUCCAGUUUUCCUGCAAUACAAGUCCUAACUCGGCACCUGACCUUUACAUCAGUGUCACCAAGCAGGAGCCAUACCAUGUCGCCAUCCCCAUGACAGCCUUCUACAGCAUCCUGUUCGUCUUUGGGGUCCUAUCCAAUGGCAUUAGCAUGCUUACACUCCUCAGAGAUGCUCGCAUGAAGAUCAGUGCUAUACAGCUCUACCUGUUGAGUCUGGUUCUGUCUGACAUCCUCCAGCUAUUGACAAUUCCCAUCACUGUAUACCGUUACUAUUGGGAAAGCUACCCAUGGAGACUUGGAGAACCUUUGUGCAAAGCUUACUUCAUGGUGCGUCAGAUGUACUGCGCCACAACAAGCUGGGUGAUCCUUGCAUUUACUAUCGAGCGCUAUGUGGCAAUCUGUCACACCAUGUGGUCCCUUGCUGGUCUCAGGAAGUCACGACUUCCCUGUCUUCUAGCCUGGAUCUGGCUACUGGCUUUGGGGACUUCAGUGCCAUUUGCCCUCGUCUAUAGACAUGCCCGAGCCUGCAUCCUGGACUAUUCUGCAACGUCCCCUGAUACAGCCUUUGUGGUGUCGACCAUGUGCGAGAUGACUGAGGAAGAACCUUCCCCCCUUUACAAGGGGGCACUGCUUCUGAGGGGCAUUCUUUGCUUUUUGGUACCACUUGUGUGCAUCUUCACCCUCUACAUACUCAUCAUUAGCCACUUCCACUACAACAGCCGCCAGCGCAUGGCCAUGGGCAUUACUAGAGCUGUAAGUGAAAGAGGACAUCCACAGAGCCUCCAGAAUGGGAAACUCCUAAUUCAGGAGAAACGAGCUUUGCGGCUUAUGGGGGCUGUGGUGGUGACUUUCUUUGUGUGCAACUUCCCCGACAUUGCAUCUUCACUCAUGCAAGUUUAUGUGGACUCAUGGUCAGGGACUGUGUUAACGGUGUACACGGUGCUCAAGUCCUACCUGUCGUUGCCUCUCUGGUACGUGAACAGCGCGCUGGACCCCAUCCUCUUCUGCAUCUCCUCUAAAAUGUUCCGUAAAGCAUGCUGGGAAACUGUGGAGCCUCUUAGACCUCGAUGUCUGCGUGCGUGCAGGAAUAGAAACCCGAUCUCAGUGACAAACAUAUGUAGCCAAAAUUCGACUGGGGCAAUUAGCACGUCAACCUGA